AUGGAACAAAAACAGAUGAACAAUGCUCUAACUUCUCAAAUUAAACAAUUCGUCAAACCAAUCAAUGCAAAUGAAAAAGAAUUUCUCAGAAACAGUGAGAAACAACGAAAGAAAAUGGAUGAUGUGCCAAUUAAUCAAGCACAACAAUCUAUCGAACAUACGAGCAUGAAUGAACAUAAAGUAGAUGACGAAAACAGUAUUACAAUUACUGAAAAUCGACGACUUUUCAAACAAAUUCAAACGAAUAAUGAAUUAGCUACUGAAAAUAUAGAAUUGCAAAAGCAAUUAGAAGAUUAUCAAAGAGAACAUGAACAGCAAUUGAAAGAAAUGACUAAACUCUUAGCAGAAUUAAAAGAGAAGAAAUUGAAUUCGUUCGAAGCUAUCGAAGCACAUGAUAAAAAAGCAAAAGAAGCACUUAUUCAAUUAGCAAAACAAGCUAAACCAAUUGGUAUGGAAGGGAAUAAUAUUGCUCUUUUUGGUUUAACAUCAACAGGAAAAUCAACAAUGUUAAAUAGUCUUCUUGGUGAAAAGAAAGCUGCAACAGGUGUUGGUGAAACAACUGUAGAAGUUGCAUCUUAUCCUGGUAGAGAUUUUAUUCUUUGGGAUAUUCCUGGUCGAAAUGAUGAAUUAUCAUAUAUGAGUUUGCAAUAUAUAUCAUUCUUCAAAGGAUUAACACGACGUCUUAUUCUUAUUCAACAUACAGUAAAAGAAAAUUCGAGUAUAAUGAAAUUAUUAGAUGCUAUUGGAAUCAAAUAUGAUAUUGUUGUUAACAAAAUGGAUCGUGUUGAAGAAGAAGAACGAGCAGAAUUUUGUGAUCAAAUACGAAAAGAAAUUGCAAAAAUUGGGUUGAAAAGUGUAGGACAUGUGUUUUUUGUUAGUGCUAAAUAUCCAGCACAAUUUCCAGACUGGCUUCAAAUGGUCAAUUAUUUAACAGAUUCUUCAAAAAAAUAA